CUUCUGGCCAAUGCUAUCCUUUUUAUCAGUGUAAAUUUGUAUGGCGUCUUUGUAAGAAUUUUGACAGAAAGGGCACAGAGGAAGGCUUUCCUUCAGGCCAGGAACUGCAUAGAGGACAGGCUGAAGCUGGAAGAUGAAAAUGAAAAACAGGAGCGACUUUUGAUGAGUCUCUUGCCCAGGAAUGUUGCCAUGGAAAUGAAGGAGGAUUUUCUGAAGCCACCUGAGAGGAUUUUCCAUAAGAUUUACAUUCAGAGGCAUGACAACGUUAGCAUAUUGUUUGCAGACAUUGUGGGUUUUACCAGCUUGGCAUCUCAAUGUACUGCUCAAGAACUGGUGAAGCUUCUGAAUGAACUUUUUGGGAAGUUUGAUGAAUUAGCAACAGAAAACCACUGCAGAAGGAUAAAAAUCCUUGGAGACUGCUACUACUGUGUAUCAGGACUAACCCAACCUAAAACAGAUCAUGCACACUGUUGUGUUGAAAUGGGAUUGGAUAUGAUUGACACCAUCACAUCAGUAGCUGAAGCCACUGAAGUCGAUCUCAAUAUGAGGGUUGGUCUGCACACAGGAAGAGUCCUUUGUGGUGUCCUAGGCCUUCGCAAAUGGCAGUAUGAUGUUUGGUCAAAUGAUGUGACUCUUGCCAAUGUAAUGGAGGCUGGAGGAUUGCCUGGGAAAGUGCAUAUAACAAAGACCACCUUAGAGUGCCUAAAUGGUGACUAUGAAGUAGAACCAGGGUACGGCCAUGAAAGGAACAGUUUUUUGAAGAAGCAUAAUAUUGAAACCUUUUUCAUUGUGCCAUCUCACCGGAGGAAGAUAUUUCCAGGGCUUAUUCUCUCAGACAUAAAGCCUGCCAAAAGAAUGAAGUUCAAGACCGUAUGCUACCUGCUAGUCCAACUUAUGCAUUGUCGCAAAAUGUUCAAAGCUGAGAUUCCUUUCUCGAACGUAAUGACUUGCGAAGAUGAUGACAAGAGGAGAGCAUUAAGGACAGCUUCUGAAAAACUCAGGAACCGUUCCUCUUUUUCUACAAACCUUGUGUACAACACUCCUGGAACUCGAGUGAACAGAUACAUUGGCCGUUUAAUAGAGGCCCGUCAAACAGAGUCAGAAAUGGCAGACCUACAUUUUUUUACCUUGAGGUAUAAACAGAUUGAACGUGAGCAAAAAUAUCAUCAGCUUCAGGAUGAAUAUUUCACCAGUGCUGUAGUCUUGUCGCUGAUUCUAGCUGCCUUAUUUGGCCUUGUCUAUCUUUUAAUAAUCCCACAGAGUACCAUAGUACUUGUCCUCCUGGUGUUCUGCAUAUGCUUCCUGGUGGCAUGUAUCAUGUAUCUACAUGUCACACGAGUACAAUGUUUUCCAGGGUGCCUGACAAUACAAAUUCGAACCAUUUUGUGUAUUUUUAUUGUGAUCUUAAUUUACUCAGUAGCACAAGGCUGUGUGAUUGGUUGUAUGCCUUGGGUCUGGAAUUCUAAUUCCAGCAGUUCCAUAGUUAUCAUUUCUCCCAGUGGGAUAAAUAAGACAAUGAAUGAACUUCCAUGUGAUGCAGCCCAUUAUGCAUUUCUCUCCUGUGUUGUCGGAACACUGACCAUGGCAAUAUUUUUACGUGUUUCUUCCUUGCCAAAAAUCAUCCUCCUGCUUUUUGUUACAAUAUUGUACAUAGUCAUUUUGGAACUCAGCGGAUAUCGGAAAGCACUGGGGGGUGGCUCAUUUUAUAUUCGUGGCUACGAACCCAUAUUAGCCAUCUUGCUGUUUUCCUGUGCUCUGGCACUUCAUUCCAGGCAGGUGGAUUUGAAGCUCCGUUUGGACUACCUCUGGGCUGUGCAGGCAGAAGAAGAGAGAGAUGAUAUGGAAAGAGUGAAACUGGAUAACAAAAGAAUUCUCUUUAAUUUGUUGCCAGCUCAUGUUGCUCAGCAUUUUCUCAUGUCUAAUCCAAGGAAUAUGGACCUGUAUUACCAAUCAUAUUCACAAGUAGGAGUGAUGUUUGCUUCCAUCCCAAAUUUCAAUGAUUUUUACAUUGAACUGGAUGGCAAUAACAUGGGAGUGGAGUGUUUACGUCUGUUAAAUGAAAUUAUAGCCGAUUUUGAUGAGCUAAUGGAAAAAGAAUAUUAUAAAGACAUCGAAAAAAUCAAGACAAUUGGCAGUACGUAUAUGGCAGCAGUGGGACUUGUACCAACUAUGGGGACCAAGGCAAAGAAAUCAAUUUAUUCUCAUCUCAGCACACUGGCUGAUUUUGCAAUAGAAAUGUUUGAUGUUCUUGAUGAAAUCAACUAUCAGUCUUACAAUGACUUUGUUCUUCGGGUUGGUAUUAAUGUAGGCCCUGUAGUGGCAGGUGUUAUUGGUGCCAGAAGACCGCAGUAUGACAUCUGGGGUAACACUGUAAAUGUUGCUAGCAGAAUGGAUAGUACUGGAGUUCAAGGUAAAAUUCAGGUUACUGAAGAAGUUCAGCGGAUAUUGAAGAAGUGCAGCUAUGAGUUUGUGUGCCGUGGUAAAGUCAGUGUCAAAGGCAAAGGUGAAAUGUUGACCUAUUUUCUUGAAGGAAAAUCCAAUGGGAAUAAUUCACAAACACGUUCUUUAAACUUAGAGAGGAAAAUGUAUCCUUAUGGGCGAGCAAACGUUCAAACCAAGCUGGGCACAAGUUGUCCAUCUAUGUCUUCAUCCCCCAGCCUUUCAGCCAAUGCUGGGACUGCAACACUUCAGCCGCCAUCUGCUCACACCAAUCAGACACUCCAUUACCUUCCUUCUGUGCCAGCCAUAAAGGAGGCAUGAGAGCAACAAAAAUGUAGGUUUUACCAUUUGCCGUUGUUGCAGAGGCUGCCUGGAUUUUCGCCAGUAAGCUUAAGGCUUAAGGAUUGUUAUCAAUGAAAAUGUCUAAAACCCAACCAAAGAGAACUUGGGAACUGCCUGUAUGAACUUGUGGAGUGGAUCAAAUAAGGGCUAGCAAUUCUGUUAGGAAAAGUCUAAUACUUUUCUGAAAACGGGGAAUAUUUCAUCAGCAAUUUAAAAAGGUAAACUAGAUAACAGAAAAAAAAUCACCAAGUGAGUUCCUUCUUAAGGAGAAAGGUGGAGAAAAUAUUUUAAAUAAAUGUUUCUGUAAGUGUGUGUAUGUGACAGAAAAUGUUGGCAACACUAAUUUCUGACAUACAAUGGUUAUGUGAAAAAAGCAGAGGUUUAUAGGCAUAGAAGACUUAUUUAUUUAAAUUCUGCAAUGGAUAAGAUUGAGAAUGCUCUAAGCAUCAUAUCCAGCAAAGUUAUAUUUAAAAAUGUCUGUAGCUGCUAUUUAGGUGGAGGGUACAGGGUGAACGAGAUAAGACGUGUCUGCAAGUUAUAACCAACACUGUGGAGUCCUUUCCCACAGAAUUUAAAAAAAGAAAAAAAAUCAGCACUGAUUCUAAGAUAGGAAGUAACAAGUGCUCAUAUAGCAGAUGUAGAUUUUAGAAUUUACCGUGUUUUCAUAUAUUUGGGUGGUUUCCAACUGCAUAGCAAUGGACCAGAAAUCAGGCCAGAGGGAGAUUUCUGGUAAUGUCAUAAUGUCUCUUAUUAUAUUAAUGACUAAAAGUCUGAUGCACACAAAGCUCUAGUUACAUAAGAGUUGUAUCAUAUACUGCUACACAGAGCUACAGAGAAACAGCUCCUACACUGCAAGGGGUAAUAUGUAUGAAGAGAGUUCCCAGAUAACUUAUCUAAGAUAAAAAAUAAUUGGUCUCUGUUAAAUGCUGGUCAAGUGGCAGAGAUGUGUAUGCCAAAAAAGUAUCAACAUACAAUGUGAUAUGGCUUUUUAAGCUAAUCACUGACGACUAAUAUAAAAAGACUUCUAUUAAAAGCAGUUUAGUCACAGACAUUUGCCAACUAAUCAUAUAUGGUUCUGUUCCAUGAACAGUAGUGUUCCUCGGAUAAAAAAUGUUCCUAAAUGGAGAGGUCCUCAUACUAGCAAUUAAGAAGCACUGUGCAGCUAUUCCAUCUUUUUUUUUUUUUAAAAUCUUAGCAGAUUUUUCACAGUAGGAAAAAAGAUGGAAGAAGCAGUGGAAAAGUAAGAGUGGAAGACAAGAUUUUUUCAAGUCUCAUAAAUUUCAGUGAAAAGGGAUAAUGGCAUGAUAAAAGCCUUGUCAGAAACCACACACAACAUGGACAAAACUUAAUUCUGUUCAUGAAAUGGAGCUUUGCAAUACUGUUUAAUGCCUGUCUUCUGCAGAAGUCAGCUUCUGCACCAGGUUUGCACUUAUCUUCCAUUUGAAGAUCCUCCUUGGCAAAAAUACAUUGAACCACUAUUUUUGAAAUCCAGAGUUUUGAUAGGAAAUAUUAAUACCAGCACAUCUAUUUGCACAGUAGUGAUUAUAAUAUCUCAAAUGGAAAUAAUAUUUUAAAAAAAGCAUUUCAUAUGUUAGUUAGCCAGAAUUAAAUUUAUUAAUUUGUGCAUGCUUUCCCCAAUUUUCUGUUUUAGCAAUUGUAUUUCAGCAUCUUUGAUGCAACUUUCCUCAAAUGUCUCACUGCAAACCCUGUUGAUACGAAUAAGAAUUACCGUAGAGCAUAAACUUUGUGCUUCAUAGCUCACACAUAUCAAUGCAUUGUGUACUGAACAAAUUCCAGUAGUCUGCAAUUUUUGGUGCUUGUGUGAUUCAGUGAGAUUUUUAUGACAGACUGUGAAUAAGCAUUUUUCCAGUGUGGAUUCCUAUAUGUAUGUUUAUCCUCUCAACUGAAAAGAAGUAAGUAGGAUCUGCUGAAUUUUGCUUGUCCCUUACAGUUCACCAUCUCACACCAUUUUGCAGUGCCCAAAUUAGUAGCUACCAAGCAUUAGGUCCACGCAUUCUGUCCAUUAUUAGUAAAAUGAAGUCCAAAUAAGGAUGCAUAAGGAAUCCAACUACAGUCUAAGCCCCAAUGAGUUUCAAUCAGUCUGUGCUUUCUGGACCGUAUACCUGGCAGGCCCAAUUUGUGCUCCAGGACCCUCAUGCUGCUGAGAUACAUUCAUAUGUCUCUGAAAAAAAAUAUAUACACAUUGGGAAAUGGUAUUUAGGAAAAAAAACAAAGCAUGGAAAACAUUUCUUAAGUACACUUUAGCCAAUGGAGGAAUACAUUUAAGCAAUAUAUAAAAUUUAAAAUAUGCACAAGUAUAUAGAUGGGAAGUGAAGAGAAAGGGAUAUUUGACAGCCUGUAAAAAAGAAAGGGAAAGAAAAACAGUGGGACCAUACAUAAGCUAGAUGUUGAGGUGAGAUAGACAGGACAUCUAUACAUUAGGACUUUAUAGAUGUCCAAGUGCAUGCAACCUAGUGCUGAUGUUAUUUAUUUAUUUAUUUAUUCCAUUUAUACCCUGCCUAUCUGGUCAUAUGUUACCUUUAGCAUUACUCAAAACAUCUAUACCCGCCCAGAAAGCAUGUCCAGAUAUAGAUAUAUGAUUUUGUCCAUUAAACACAUUCAUCUUAAUCCUUGAGAUCACUCACAUAGGUG